AUGAGGCUUCUCACGCACAACUUCCUGGCGUCGAACGUGAAGGGCGUGAGCACGGGCUACCCGCUCGCGCUGGAGGUCGCCAAGACGUCCAUCAAGGAGGUGGAGCUCAACGUCGACUUCCUCCGCGGGAUCCUUCCCAAGAUCGACUGGCGGGCGCUCUUCGCCGCCACGAGCGCCGCGGGGUUCCCGGAGCUCCUCGCCGCGGAGCAGCCGCCGGAGGCCGAGCUCUUCGCCGAGGGCGCCGCGGACGUCGAAGGCAGCGCGAUCCGCCGCCUCCACCACGCGCUCCUCGAGAUCCACGUCGAAGAGGGCACCCUCGUCUGCCCCGAUAGCGGCCGCUCCUUCCCCAUCCUGAAGGGCGUCCCCAAUAUGCUUCUCCAUGAGGACGAGGUGAAUAAGUUAUGCCAAUGGCUUUGA